CAUUCAAAACCUUUUUUAUUCCAAAUUUUAAAAAAUUUCCUAAGUGGUUUGUUAUUUGUUAAAAAAUAUUCUGAAAAAAAAUGUCUAGCCUUUUACAAGAUCCUCAUAGAAUGUUUAUUCAAAUUAUGAUGGGUAAAAAGAUUUGCAGUGCUGAGGAAAUUAGAAGAUUACAUCGUGAUUGUCAUGAAAAAAAUGGCACUCAGCGUGGUGAUUUGAAAGAAUUUGUUGAAAAAAUUAAUAAUGCAAUCAAUCCUCAUAAUCUGGCUAUUAAAAAAGGAAAGGAUGAAAUAUCAGGUGAAGAGUAUUAUGUUCUGAUCAAUACAGCAAAUGAUGAAUUAUCAAGAUUAAAUACAAUAUAUAAGUCGAAGGAUUUAGAACUUUUUAAAAGAAUCGUGAUUUGCGUAGGCGAAGAUGCUAACUUCACUUGCCUCUCAGACAUGGACUAUACCAACACCAUUUUUAAGAUGAAACACAAGAUUGCUUCCCCCAAGAUCCUUGAACCCAGUACUCAAUCAAGUAAAGCCAAAGUUAUAAUUGGUAUUGUAGAAUCUGAAGAUGGAAAAGUGUCAUCUUCUACUGUAUUAAACAAUGCAAGUGCUGUGGAUAUUAGAAUAAAAGAUGCAAAUGAAACUAUUAUAAGAUUUAAUAAAGAUGGAUGGUUACUUGAGCAAGAAGGCAGCCUAUAUUUUAGUACAAGGGCUAUUGUUGAAUUAGAGCAUUUCUUGAUGACAAAUUAUGGAGAACUUGUCUCCCGCUGCUCUGUUUGUAAAAACAUUGUAUUGCAGGGUGUGAACUGUGCAUCUUGUGAUACAAAAAUCCAUUUCCAUUGCAAGGAAAACUAUUUCUCAAAGGUUGCAGUCAACAAUACGUGUCCUGGUUGCAAUGAACACUUUGAAUGAAAGAUAAUUUUAUUAUUUACAUCACAUAAUUAAUUUUUUACAGAAGUGCAUUUCGUGCAGGCUAAGCUUUUGCUGUUUGAAUUUUUAAACAAUUUACAUUGAAAGAAUCUCCAGCAUAUUUUGAUACUAAUUCUAACAUGGCUAAUUUCUUUUGUGGACAUCGAGAGGAUUCCAAUUCGUAAAGUGUGCAAACAUUAAAAAUCAAGCCAUCGUGUAAACAAGCAGAAGGUGAUUGUUGAAUGGCUGACUCCAGCAGCCUUAAAGAUUCUUUCAACUGCCCCGUGUACAGUUUACAAACUGCCAUGUUAUUCACAAGCUAAAAGAGAAAAUUUUUUUUAAUUGCAUUGUAAAUAUCUCUUUAUACUCAAAUAAAAUGAAAACUAUUUGUA